UUUGCUUAUUAUUCAAUAUUUUUUCUUACCCAGAUAUAAAUGCCACUUCUGUUCACUUUCAUCUUUGCUUUUCCUUUACUGUUUCUCUCUCUCUCUCUCUGGUUUCCUCCAUUGCAAAUCAAGCUUUACUUUCCAGCUUGCUCAGGUCCCUUUCUCCCCUCCAUUCACGCACACACACAUACACAUACCCACCAACCAUUUAACCCACCUCUGCUUUUUCUACCCUUCCAAAAAUCCCACCCCACUUCACUCUAUAUAUUUAUAAAAACUCUCUCUCUCUCUCUCUCUCCUUUCCUUUCAAAGAUUGGAUUUUUGUCUGGCCUUCUUCACUAUUUCUUUUAUCAUUCUCUGAAUUCUUGUUGGCCCACUUGAGGCCACUAUCCCCUACUUGUAAACUACUCCUCUUCAGCUCUAUCCUUUUGGGGCAUCUGGGUUUUUGUUAUUUCACCUCUACAUCUAUGCUUAUUGAGUCUUUGUUGGCUCAAAAAGAAGCCCUUCCUUUGCUUCUCUGGCUGCUCAAGGAAGAGGAUCACUACAAAGGUGGGAAUGUUUCUUUGGUACGGGAGCUGAGAGGAACAAGUCAUUGGGAUUUUGAGUAGCCGGGGAUCAGAGAUGUCGUCUGAGAGUUCUUUGAAUGCAGAAUUAUCGAAAAAGACUCCACUUUUGGGUUUGAGACUAUGGGUUUUGAUCUGCAUAUGUGUUGGUGCAUUUAUAGUUUUAAUUCUCUGUAUAUUAUCUGUCUGGGUCUCAUUUCGGAGGAAAUCUAGGAGAUCUGUGGACAAGUUCACUCUUUCCAAAAUACCAAAUGUCUCAAAAGAUAUCAAGGUUGACAAGGUUGGGACUCAGGGUUCUCAUUAUCACCCUGAAAGUUUAUAUCUUUCAGUCCAUGAUAAGUCAAGUGAUAAGAAUUCAGAGAAAACAUUGGUUCAUUUGGGCACGAGCAAGUUGAGCGAUCCUGAUAACAUCAGUCAGUGCAGCUCAAUUUAUCAUCAUGAGAGAGCAUUAAGUUCAAUGUCUGGGGAAGAAGGAAGCUCUGGGACUAUUAGGAAGCAGUCUACAUUGUCAUAUACAGGACUUGUCACAGCCUCUCCUUUAAUUGGCUUGCCUGAAAUUUCUCAUCUUGGGUGGGGCCACUGGUUUACUCUUAGGGAUUUAGAAUUUGCAACAAAUCGUUUCUCUCCGGAGAAUGUGAUUGGUGAGGGUGGAUAUGGGGUUGUUUACCAGGGAAGACUGAUCAACGGAACUGAUGUGGCUGUGAAGAAACUUCUUAAUAACUUGGGACAGGCGGAGAAAGAAUUUAGGGUUGAAGUUGAGGCCAUAGGCCAUGUUCGACAUAAGAAUCUUGUUCGACUCCUGGGCUAUUGCGUUGAAGGAGUUCACAGGAUGCUGGUGUACGAGUAUGUGAAUAAUGGGAACCUAGAGCAAUGGCUUCAUGGGGGAAUGCGCCAACAUGGAACCCUUACUUGGGAGGCACGCAUGAAGGUGAUUCUUGGUACUGCAAAAGCGCUUGCGUAUUUACAUGAAGCAAUAGAACCAAAAGUUGUGCACCGAGACAUAAAAUCAAGUAACAUCCUGAUUGAUGGCGAGUUCAAUGCCAAGGUUUCUGAUUUUGGAUUGGCAAAACUCUUGGAUUCGGGAGAAAGUCACAUCACAACCAGAGUGAUGGGAACAUUUGGUUAUGUAGCACCUGAAUAUGCUAAUACUGGCUUGUUGAAUGAGAAGAGCGACAUUUAUAGCUUCGGUGUACUCUUGCUGGAAGCAGUUACAGGAAGGGAUCCGGUGGAUUAUGCCCGGCCUGCUAAUGAGGUUAAUCUUGUUGAGUGGUUAAAGAUGAUGGUAGGAACAAGAAGAGCAGAGGAAGUUGUGGACCCAAACCUUGAAGUUAAACCCACUACACGUGCUCUAAAACGUGCUCUGUUGGUAGCACUAAGGUGUGUUGAUCCCGAAGCAGAUAAGAGACCCAAAAUGAGUCAGGUUGUACGAAUGCUUGAAGCUGAUGAAUACCCACUUCGUGAGGAUCGAAGGACUAGAAAGAGUCGUACAGCAAGCAUGGAAAUUGAGUCCAUGAAGGAAAUUUCUGAUCCAGCUGACUCUGAAAACAAGUUAGGGGAUGUAUCUGAGAGAACUCUUGGAUAGGACUGACAACAUUUGACAGGGUGCAUAAUUUAUUCUCACUGCCAGACUGAAACCUUUCAGUAACUCAUCAAAUACUACACAUCUUAAAGUUUGCUUUCCGGAUAAAUCUUCUAAUUUUAUGAACGGAGUUGAAUUGGAGAUAGCGCGUGCUUAGAUCAUGAAGGUUUUUCUGUAUUGUCAUUUGAGGAUUGAGAGAGGUGCUUCCAGCCCCAUAAACAAGCCUAGAGGGGAGAGCCAUUGAGACUUUUGUUGUACAGUCAUGUCUUGGACCGGUGGGCUGUCUUUCCAGUACGUGAGUGCAAUAUUUACUUUUUUCUUUUUUUCUUUUUUCACUUGAUUACUGCCAUUGAGAUGGCAAAUGAUUCUAAUAUGUAUCUCCUUUUUUUCUUUCUUUAACUUAUCAUUUUGUAUUAGCCCUUAAAGGAUUGAAUCAAUUAUCAUGUCCUCUUCUUUAUGCAGUGAUGUCUUGCUCUUAGUUGCACAGCAGAAUGAUGGUUGUUCCAUUAUG